CAAGAACGUAAUAUUAACAGAAUUUAUUCAGAGACUCACAAUUAUUAACACUUAAUACUGAGUUUAAGGUAAGUUUUGGACUAAUUGAGAAGUUGAGAGAAUUUUUCCUGAACAGUGUACGUCAGACAUGAAUGUCAUUUGAGGGCAGCAUUUGUGUCCUUCAGAGAUGAAGAUCAUUUAUAUGACUCUACUGAUCAUCUCUGGAAUAACAGAUUCAAGAUCAGAGCAGUAUAAUGUUGUUGGACCCACUGAUCCUGUUCUUGCUGUGGCUGGUGAAGAUGUGAUUCUGCCCUGUUACAUCAAACCCAACAGCAGUGCUGUGGACAUGAGAGUGGAGUGGUAUAGACUUGAUUUACAAGACUCAGUUGUGCAUCUCUAUCAGGAUCAUAAAGACACAAAUACAGAUCAGAUUCAGUCUUACAGAGGGAGAACAAAACUGUUCAAACAAGAACUACAGAGAGGAAACACAUCACUCAAACUCUCAACAGUUCAACUCUCUGAUGAAGGACUUUAUAAGUGUUUCAUUCAGUCUGAAUCCUGGUAUGAUGACAUCACUGUUAAUGUCACAGUUGAAGCUGUAGGAACUCCUCCACUGAUCACAAUAGAUGGGUUUGAUCAUUCUGGAGGGGUUCAUCUACACUGUGAAAUCAAAGGCUGGUACCCUGAACCUGAGCUUGUGUGGCUGGACCGUGAAGGAGUCACUUUGAAAUCUGAAGCUACAGACACACACAGAGACACAGACGGAUUCAGAGUGAAACACACCAUCACUGUAUAUAAUAGUGACAGCAAAUAUCACUGCAGAGUCAAACUGAGACAUCACAUGCUGGAGACAGAGAUUAUUACCUCCAGUAAAAUGUUAAAUUCUUUGAGGCUGUUUGUCAUCUGGACUUCAGUUGCAGUUGUGUUCAGUGUGAUUGCUGUAAUACUGAUUGCAGCUCUUAUUCAUAAACACAGAGAUUUAAACAGAGAGAAGAUGAAAAAUCAAGAAGAUUUAAACAGAGAGAAGAUGAAAAAUCAAGAAGAUUUAAACAGAGAAAACAGGAGAAUUCAAGAAGAUUUAUACAGAGAGAAGAUGAAAAAUCAAAAAGAUUUAAACAGAGAGAAGAUGAAAAUUCAAGAAGAUUUAAACAGAGAAAACAGGAGAAUUCAAGAAGAUUUAUACAGAGAGAAGAUGAAAAUUCAAGAAGAUUUAAACAGAGAGAAGAUGAAAAUUCAAGAAGAUUUAAACAACGAGAAAAGGAGAAAUCAAGAAGAACACAGUCGACUUUUACAGAGACAGAAGAUCAUUCUCCCAUAUGUGUUCACACAUUUCAGAAAACAUGCAGUGAACGUGACUCUGGAUCCUGAUUCAGCUCAUCCACGUCUCACUGUGUCUGAUGACGGGAAACAAGUGAGAGACGGAAACACACGAUCAACAAAAGUGAACAACAGAGGAAAAGAGCAAAGUGACACGUUUGAUAAAUAUCUUGCCAUCCUGGGAAAGGAAGGAUUCUCCUCAGGGUGUUUUUACUUUGAGGUGCAGGUGACGGGGCAAACUGAGUGGCAUUUAGGAGUCGUCAGAGAAUCCAUUGACAGGAAGGGGAGGAUUAAUCUGAAACCUGAGAUCAGAUACUGGACUGUGCAGAGAUAUGGGGAAUAUUGGGCUUGUGAUUCUCAACGUGUCUCUCUUUCCCUGAGUGUGGAGCCACAGAGGGUGGGUGUGUUUGUGGAUUAUGAGGAGGGUCUGGUCUCCUUUUAUGAUGUGGAGGACAGGUCUCAUAUCUACUCUUUCACUGGUCAGUCUUUCACUGGGAAACUCUAUCCAUUUGUUGGUUUAGGUUAUUAUCGGAAUGAAAACUCUGCACCACUGAUCAUCUGUAAUGAUUUCUAAUGAGAUUAAUUUACAGAUGAAUGUAUUUACAACAGCAAAGAUGACAAAAUAAAAUAAUUAUUCACUCUCAGACAUAAAUACACUGUUUAAAGUACAAAUCUGCCAUUGGAUUAUUUACCCUUAUUUUGGUGCCAUUUGUGUUUGAACAAAACAAAAAGGUAAUUUUUACCCCCUCAGAGGAACAAAAAUAUAAUUGUACAUUUAAAGGUACACAAAAGAUAUUUAGGGCACAAUUUUGUACCCAAAAUGAGUAAUCCAUUUUAUCAAUCAUGAUAUUGAUUGGACAUGAAUAACAAAUCUUUAAAAUGCAAAACAAACGAAUACAUUAAAUAAAGCAAAUAAAAAGAAAUAGAAUAAAUGUUGAAUGUUAUAGUAAAUAUCUUGUAUUAACCGAAACGAAGAUUAAGUCUAAUGCUAAAAUCUCAAUCAAGACGAAGUAAAAUAAACUGUGGAGAGGUCACGAGGUCUGAGAGUGAAGCAGAAAGCCCAAGAGAGAGUUGAGCAGAUAUUAUAUUAUAAUUUAUAGCCCAAAACAUGCAUGUCAUAUUCCCUUAAACAGAUCAGAUGUUUUGUCUGGAUUCCACUGAUGUUAGUAAUUAUCUCUUAUCACAAAAUAAUGAUUAAAAAUGUCCGUUUGUUUCUUCAAGGUGCAACAAUAGACCUUACACAUAUAGAAGAACUGUUAUGACCCUGUGGUGUUUUGUGUGUGUAACAUUGUAGUUUUCUAUCUGUGUUUGUGUGUUGUGAGCUACUUCCUGAUUGGCUGCUAUUCAAGUAUAGAAAAUGAUCUGCAAGUAUGUGCAGAAUUAGCAGCAAUAAUAAAAGGCAUUUUGUUGUGGCUUGCUUGUGUUUCACUAAUGUGUUCAGUUUCAUUGACUAUUUCAGUGAACACUUCUGGAGAUGCCACUAGGUGGCGACAAAUGAGCGUCUUAAGUGCAAUGAGCCAGUCAUUGAAUCAUUUUGAUGGUCAUGACCAAAAUCUGGCAAGAGACUUUAUAGUAUUUAAGCAUUAUAAGAACAAAGCAGAUCUUUAAUUUCCGUUCAGUUUUGUGAACUGUUGUGAAAUGAGUAUCAAUAAUUUCCAUGCCUUCUCCAUUCUUAAAAAUUGCAUGUCAAAUCUACUGACUUCAUUAGACAAGCACAAAGCAGAUCUACUGUAUCAUUUUCUUACAGUAUUCAGAAAGACUGCAGGAUUUAAUCUCAGGGCACGCACAGAAAUCAAACAAUGUUACAUUUUCUCUUCACAGCUUACAGUUCAUUGAGUUGCAGUUGUUUGUAUCGUGAUAAAUACAUGAAGUGUGACAAUAAAAUAUAUUUUAAUAUCAUAAGCAUUAAAGUCAGAGCACAAAUGAUGAGGAGACAGAUGUUCACCUUAAUCACUGUGUAUUGAUGGUAGGUGAAUGGACCACAGAUGUAAAUUCAGUGAUGUACAUAAGGAUGGUUUUAUAGUCUGAAAACAAGAAAUACAAUAAAGGCAAUGAAUAAACUGAAUAUAUACACAAUAACAGGCAUUCAUUGUUACAUAAGGAAACCAAAAUAUUCUUAAUUCACUUGAGGGACAUUUCUGUACCAAAUAUAUCGUCC